AUGGCCGCUGUGGAGCGUGGUCCCCCGCUGGUGAAGGAGGUGCUGGACAUGGACAUCCAGUCCAGGCCCUUGCAGCCCCACUGGUACGAGCGCUACGUGCAGCCCUGCGUGGCUGAGCUGCUGGGCAGCACGCUCUUCAUCUUCAUCGGCUGCCUCUCGGUGGUGGAGGACACGGGGGGCACGGGGAGGCUGCAGCCCGCCCUGACGCACGGGCUGGCCCUGGGGCUCACCGUCGCCGUCCUGGGAGACAUCAGCGGAGGCCACUUGAACCCCGCCGUGUCCGUGGCCAUGUGGCUGGUCGGCGGGCUGAACAUCACCAUGCUCAUCCCUUACUGGCUCUGCCAGCUCUGCGGGGGGGUGCUGGGAGCCGGCCUGGCCAAGGCCGUGGCGCCGAGCGAGCGCUACGUCAACGCCAGCGGAGGAGCCUUCAGCAGCGUCACGGCCGACGAGCAGAUCCCCGCCGUCCUCGGGGGCGAGAUCGCCAUGACCGCCUUCCUCAUCCUCGUGGCCUGCAUGGGCGCCGUCAACGGGAGAACCAAGACCCCGCUGGCCCCUUUCUGCAUCGGCUUCGCGGUCACGGUCAACAUCCUGGCAGGCGGUGCCGUGUCCGGAGCCUGCAUGAAUCCUGCCAGAGCCUUCGGGCCAGCGCUGGUAGCAAACUACUGGGACUAUCACUGGGUUUACUGGGUAGGGCCCAUGGUCGCUGCCCUCCUUGUCAGCGUGCUGGUGAGGCUCCUGCUCGGUGACCGGACCACCCGCCUGUUCCUGAAGUGAUGCCGGGCGAGGGGCAUCCUCAGCAGCUCGGCACAGCCCCUGCUCCUCGCCAUCCCACCUCCCCCCUGCGCCUCCCCGGCGGCCCCCGCGCCGGAGAUGCUUCGCUUGAGGCUCUGGGGAGGAUGAAAAGCAGCCCAGGAGCAUCUCCAGCUCCGCGGGGCAGGGGGUGAGAGCUGCCCGUGCCCCCCGUGCCCCGCGGGGAGCUUGCCCUGCCCCUGGGAAGGUGGCGAGAAGCCGAGUCAAGCGGCCGUGCCCGGAGCCCACGUGCCACUGCCCGCCAGCGCUGGCACUAAUCUCUUUCUAACUUCUUCCUGGCACUAUUAAUUCCAAGGCAGGUGGCUCCCACUGCUCUGGCACGCGUGUGGCGGUGGGUGCUGCGAGCCCCCGGGCCCUGCCCCACGCCAGCUCCUGCGUUUUGUCUCCCAUUCGAGCAUCUCUCCUCUGCCUCCGCCAGCUCCCUGCUCAGCUCCCAGCCCGUGGGCCUGGCAGGAUCCUCCCUGCAGGACCCGUGCCCCAGCUUGGGCCGUGG